GGCAGGGAGGUAGGUGGGCCGCGUCGCGUCGCCUCCGGUCCGUAGCUUUGCCUCCCUUUCCUGUUCUGCCGCGGGCCCACGAUGCCGCAGUACCAGACCUGGGAGGAGUUCAGUCGCGCAGCGGAGAAGCUCUACCUCGCAGACCCUAUGAAGGUACGUGUGGUUCUCAAAUAUAGGCAUUCUGAUGGGAGUUUGUGUAUUAAAGUAACAGAUGAUUUAGUUUGUUUGGUGUAUAGAACAGACCAAGCUCAAGAUGUAAAGAAAAUUGAGAAAUUCCGCAGUCAACUAAUGCGACUUAUGGUGGCCAAGGAAUCCCACAGUGUUGCCAUGGAAAUGGACUGAAUGGUUUGAAAUGAAGACUGUUUGUCAUGUUCUUAGGAAGUAAAUAUCUUUUGAAUUUGAGAAAGUGU